GCCGGUGUGGGCGGGCCGCACGCGGUGGGCAGAGGGAAGGGAAGAUGGCGGAGGAGGAGAAGCUGCCCGCGGGGUGGGAGAAGCGCAUGAGCCGCAGCUCCGGACGGGUGUACUACUUCAACCACCUGACGAACGCCAGCCAGUGGGGUCAAUCCAGUGGGAGCGGCCGAGCGGGGGGCGCGCGGGCGGAGCCGGGCCGCGUGCGCUGCUCGCACCUGCUGGUCAAGCACAACCAGUCGCGGCGGCCGAGCAGCUGGAGGCAGGAGCGCAUCACCCGCUCCAAGGAGGAGGCGCUGGAGCUCAUCAACGGUUACAUCCAGAAGAUCAAAUCAGGAGAGGAGGAUUUUGAGUCUUUGGCUUCGCAGUUCAGCGACUGCAGCUCGGCCAAGGCCGGAGGGGACCUGGGAGCAUUCGGGAGAGGGCAGAUGCAGAAGCCAUUCGAGGACGCCUCGUUCGCGCUGCGGGCCGGCGAGAUGAGCGGCCCCGUGUUCACGGAAUCCGGGAUCCACAUCAUCCUCCGCACCGAGUGAAGUGCCUUGGGAGGGCGGGGCCUCCUGGGAAUUCCGUGGGAACGGGCGGGAAUCCCUGGGAGCCCGGGGGAACCUGUGGGGAUCUGCAGGAAUCUGUGGAAGUCCUCAGGAAUCCAUGGGGAUUCAUGGGAACCCACAGGAAUUCAAGGAGAUCCUGGGGAAUCCGUGGAGAUCCGUUGGAAUCUGUAGAAAUCUGUUAACUCCACGGGAAGCCAUGGGAAUUCUCAGGAAUCCAUGGGAAUCCACAGGAAAUCCACGGGAAUCCUCAGGAAAUCCAUGGGAAUCUAUGGAGAUCUGUGGGAAUUCACAGGAAUUCAUGGAAGUUCAUGGAAAUCUAUGGGAGUCUAUGGAAACCCUCAGGAAUUCAUGGGAAUUCACAGAAAUCCUCAGGAAUUGAUGGGAAUCUAUGGAAAUCCUCAGGAAUUCAUGGAAGUCCAUGGGAAUCCUCAGGGAUCCACAGAAAAUCCAUGGGAAUCCACGGGAAUCCCGCCCCGCGCUCCCCACCACGAACUCCAGACCCCACAGCUCCUCCGGUGUUCCCUCCCGGGCGGGAGCGAAAACAGGGAAUUCCCAGGUUCUUUGGGAAUGUUGGGCCGGCCAGAGCCGGCUCCCAGCGGUCCCACGGUGGUGGCAGUGACAACGGCAACGGUGACGAUGGCCAGCAGUGACAGUGACAACAAGGACGGUGACAAUGACCAACGACAAUGACCAGUGAAGGCGACAGUGACCAUGGUCAACGGUGGUGACAGUGACCAUGACAGUAGUGGUGGUGAUGGGGACAAUGACCAGUGAAGGUGACAGUGACCAUGUCCAACAGUGACAAUGACCAUGUGCAACAGUGGUGACGAUGACCAUGGCCAACCAUGGUGACAGUGACCAUGACCAACAGUGGUGACAGUGACCACGACCAAUAGUGGUGACGAUGACCAUGACCAACAGUGACAAUGACCAGAAGGUGACAAUGACCAACGAUGGUGACCAUGACCAACAGUGGUGACAGUGACAAUGACCAGUGAAGGUGACAACGACCAACGAUGGUGACCAUGACUAUGACCAUGACCAACAGUGGUGACAGUGACAAUGACCAGUGAAGGUGACAAUGACCAAUGAUGAUGACAGUGACAAUGACCAGCCAUGGCAGUGGCCUACAAUGGUGACAGUGAUGAUGAUGAUGAUGACGUGAUGAUAAUGACACCAACGAUGACGCCACCGCCAAAGGUGCCGCGGCCAGUGCCAGGCCAGGCCCCUCCCCCACCCCCUGCAUGUUUAUUUAACUCAUUCCCGCUCUUUUCUCCCCAAAAACGCCCCCGAUCCAAAGGCUCCUCUUGAUUCAAGCCAUUAAUUAAUUAAUUACUCGUUAAUUAAUAGCAAAGAUGAGGCAGCUCCCGUGGUGUCCCUUCACAGCAUCCGUCCGGAUUAUCCCGGGAAUUUCCCGGCACCAUCGCUUGGACUUCCAAAAAACAGCUGCCGGAUUUUUGGGGUAGAUUCACAGGAAAUUGGGAAAAAGUGGCCGGAGUUCUGUUUUCCUGCCCUUUCGGGGCCACAGGUUUUCAGUUUGGGGUGAAGAAAAGUUGGAUUUGGGGAGGUUUUUUCCAAGAUUUUUCGGUUCUGUCGUUGUUUCUGCUUCGUUCAGUGGGAAAAAACCAGGAAAAAUCCCAAAAAUCCCAGCUUGGAUCCGUGCAAAAAUUCCCAAAAAAAAGCUGUAAAGCCCCAGCUCUUUUCCUGCAGAAAUAAAUCCCCCUCCAGUGGAA